AUGGCUUCUUGGCUACAGAUCCCAAAGAACUCGCCCUUCUCCCUCGCAAACAUCCCGUUCGGCAUCAUUUCCUCGUCGAAAUUCACGUCGCGAGUCCCUGCAAUUGCCAUCGGAGACUAUGCAUUGAACUUGAACGCAUUCGCAUCAUCAGGCGGCUUCUCUCAGCUCCCAGCUAUUCAGGCCCAUCUCGAUGUCUUCAACCAGCCCACUCUGAAUGCGUUCGCAGCUCUUGGCCGGUCAGUGCACCGCCAGGUUCGAGAAUACAUCCAGAAGGUCCUCGGUGCAGACACACCAUUCCCUCAGCUCCUCAAGGACAAUGCUUCUCUCCAGAAGGAAGCUCUUCUCCCUCUGUCUGAAGUGACAACCCACCUUCCUAUGCAGAUUGGCGACUAUACGGACUUUUACGCUGGUCUGAACCACGCCUAUAACAUUGGUGUUCUCUUCCGCGGGCCCGACAAUGCUCUACAGCCCAACUACAAGCAUCUGCCCGUUGCCUACCACGGCCGUGCAUCAUCCGUGGUUCCUUCCGGCACUCCCAUCCACCGUCCCCAAGGCCAGAUCCUAGCCAACCCCGCGGCGGACCCUAAAGUGCCAAUAUUUUCCCCGUGCAAGAGGCUGGACAUUGAGCUGGAACUGGCCUUCUUCGUUUCACAGCCCAACGAGCUGGGCAAGCCGGUACAUAUCAACAAUGCUGAAGACCACAUCUUCGGGGUCGUCCUCAUGAACGACUGGUCCGCGCGUGACAUCCAAGCAUGGGAGUACGUUCCCCUCGGUCCGUUCAAUGCAAAGAACUUCGGUACAACAAUCACCCCUUGGGUUGUUCUCAUCGAUGCCCUCGAGCCUUUCCGCACCACCGGCAUUGAGCCUGGAAACAGAGACUCUCUUCUCCCUUACCUACGUGAGAAGCGUGCUGAGAAUGCAUAUGAUAUCCCGCUCGAGGUUGAAGUCACAAACGCCGGCGGCAAGCCUACUGUGAUCUCUCACAGUAACGCGAAGAACCUUCUAUACUCAUUCCCCCAGAUGCUGGCUCACCACACCAUCACCGGCUGCAACCUGAACACGGGUGAUCUCCUGGGAAGUGGUACAAUUUCUGGCAAGGAUAAGCAAACCGAGGGCAGUUUCCUCGAGCAGACUAAUGGAAAGACGCCUAUCAAGCUUGCAGAUGGUUCUGAGCGGUUCUUCUUGGAAGAUGGGGAUACUGUGAUUCUGCGUGGUGCGGCAGGGACGGAAGGAAACUAUGUUGGUUUCGGUGAUUGCGUGGGAACAAUCCUGCCUGCUGUCAAGCUUGACUUUUAA